GUAAAUGGACUUACCAAACCAGACAAAACAAUUGUACUCCUUUAGUCCUUCAAUUUUAGAUUAGUUAAAAUUGACCCGUUACCAAAUCGCAAAGAGUGGCCAGACAAAAAUUAGUCAAAACUUAGAUAGUCAGAUUCUUUCUCUUUCCCAAUAUAUAAACUCCAAAAUGAUUGAAUUCGUAUCAAUAAACUUCACCGUUGUUUCCUCUUUCUCAUUCCCUCCCUCUAUUUGGGCUUAUUGAUUCCUCUGUUAAUUACAAUACAAAUUCCGUCCUGAUGUGAUUGUUGGAUGUCAUUGAGUGAUGGGUGUUGAUCUCCAGCUUGUACAUAUAAUAUAAACAAUUUGAGCUGGAUUUUGGAAUUUGCUCUGGUCGUCAUGGAGUGCAACAAAGAAGAGGCUAUCAGGGCCAGGGACAUUGCGGAGUGCAAGAUGAAGAAUAAUGAUUUUGUAGGUGCUCGUAAAUUUUUACUCAAGGCCCUUCAACUCUCUCGUGAUUUGGAGAAUAUUUCUCAAAUGAUAAUGGUUUGUGAUGUACAUUGUUCGGCUGAGAAGAAACUGUUUGGGAAUGAGAUGGACUGGUAUGGUAUCCUUCAGAUUGAGCAAACUGUUGAUGAAGCAACAAUCAAGAAGCAGUACAAGAAGUUUGCUCUCCAACUUCAUCCUGAUAAAAAUAAGUUCCCUGGUGCAGAAACUGCUUUUAAAAUGAUUGGGGAAGCACAGAGGGUGCUUUUGGAUCCAAGUAAACGGCCAUUGCAUGACAUGAGACGCAGACCCACCAUUAAUAGACCAGCACCACCACCACGUCAACCAUAUCAGCCCCCGCAGAAGCCAGCUUGGUACCCAAAUGUAGGAGGUAACAAUUACAUUAGAAGAAACUUUACCCAACACCAGAGACCACAACAACCAGUUCAACCGGUCAAUGUCAGUGCCAUCCAGACAUUCUGGACAAUGUGUCCAUUUUGUUCUGUUCGGUACCAGUAUUAUAGAAGUGUAAUCAAUAGAUCCAUUAUUUGUCAAACUUGCUCUAAACCUUUCGUUGCUUACGAAAGGAAUGAGCAAGGUGUGCCCAUGACAGCUAACUUGCAUCAACCAGCAUUCUGCCCGCAGAAAGAGGUCCCAUGUCAGGGUGCUUUUAAGGCAGAACAAGUAUUUAAGGGGAAUUUUACCGCUGAUAGAUCUAAAACAGCAUUUUCUCAGAAGAGUGGCUGCCCUCCUGGAGAGGUUGGCAAGAAAAAGGUGAAUGGUAAAAGAAGAAGGAAGCAGGUAGUGGAAUCCAGUGAAAGUUUUGACUCUGAAAGCAGCAAUGACUCUGAAGUAGGAAGGAAGCAGGUAUCGGAAUCCAUUGAAAGUGUUGACUCUGAAAGCAGCAGUGACUCUGAAGUAGAUAUGACAAUGGAUGAGAAUGGUGAUUUCGAGGGUGGAAAGAAUUCUGGGCGUUAUAGAGAUCACUAUCCACGCAGAUCUAGUCGGAGUAAACAGCAUGUUUCUUAUAUCGAGAGUGAGAGUGAUGAUGAUAACUUGGUGAGCCGUCCAAAAAGGGCUAAGGGGAGUGGAUCUUCCUGUGAUACAGAAGAGGGGAGUGGAGAUGGAUUGAAAGAGGCACCUAAAACUGAAAAACCAUCUAUUUCAGCUUCUUCUGUGAAAGAAGAACAGAAAGCACAUAAAAUAAGUGCAUCUUUUGACAAGGGCUUACCGAAUGGAAACAAGAAAACUGGGAAGGUGAAUGGAAAAGAAAAGGUGGAAGAGGAUGGUUGUCAAAAAACUUCUGGAGCUCAUGCUGAUGGCCUUGAGCAAAGUGUUGAAACUGUUGAUGACUCUACAUCAAAUUCCAACUCUGAUAGUGAACUAGAUCCAGAACAUUAUGAUUAUCCUGAUCCAGAUUUCCAUGACUUUGAUAUGGACAGGAAAGAAGAGCAUUUCAAGGUAGAACAGAUAUGGGCAGUUUAUGACACUCUUGAUGCCAUGCCUAGAUUCUAUGCUCGGAUCAUAAAAAUUUUUCCUUCUGGGUUCAAGUUGCGAAUAACCUGGCUAGAACCAGAUCCAGAUGAUAAGAAUGAAAUCAAAUGGGUCAAUAAUGGCUUGCCAGUUUGUUGUGGUAAAUAUAAGCUUGGGAAUUCUGAAUAUACUGAAGACCGUCUUAUGUUCUCUCACCUUGUAUCCUGGGAAAAAGGAAGACAGAGAGAUACCUACAAGGUAUUUCCUAAAAAGGGAGAAACUUGGGCCCUAUUUAAGGACUGGGAUUUUAACUGGAAUUCAGAACCAGAUACUAAGAAGCAGUUUGAAUUUGAAUUUGUUGAAAUCCUGUCAGACUAUGUUGAGGGUGUGGGUGUUAGUGUUGCAAACUUGGUUAAGGUGAAAGGCUUUGCAUCUGUGUUUUGUAGGAGUAAGGAAGAACCAGUCUCAUUUCAUAUUCAACCAGGUGAAAUUUUUAGGUUCUCCCACAGGAUCCCAUCCAUUACACUGUCUGGUGAGGAAAGGGAAGGGGUGCUGAAAGGGUCAUUUGAACUUGAUCCAUUUUCUUUGCCUCAUAAGCUUGAAGAGAUUGCUCUUCCUAAAAUUGUGAAAGCUGAGGCUGGUGUUACUAUUUCCAAUUGUUCACUAGGAUCUUCAAAUGAACAAAGAUCAGCCAUGUGGCUUAAAGAACAGAUAUCUUUGCACCAGGCUGAAGUGAAGGAGAUCCGUGUAGAACAUGAGAAUGAUAAUUUGGCUGAUGAUAUUGAAGAUUGUAGUGCUCCUCCAGCUUUGAACCCUAAAGAAAUUGAAAUUCCAGAACCUGAAUUCUACGAUUUUGAUGCUGAUAAAUUAGAGGAUAAGUUGCAGGUUGGUCAGAUCUGGUCCAUGUACAGUGAUGAGGAUGGCUUGCCGAAGUACUAUGGUGAAAUUGUGAAAAUUGAGUCUGAUCCUGUUCUUGAAUUGCAUAUGAGGUGGCUUGUUUCCUACUCACUGCCAAACAACUGUAUUCGGUGGCAUGAUGGAGACAUGCCCAUUUGUUGUGGAAGAUUCAAGAUUGAAAUGGGUGAAGUGCAAAAGUACGAUACCACCUGUUUGUCACAUCAAGUAAAAGCAGAACGUGCUGGUAAGAAGAAUGAAUACACCAUUUUCCCUAGGAAAGGUGAGGUAUGGGCCCUAUAUAAGGAUUGGAAUGCCAAAAUUAACUGUUCUUGCUUGGAGAAUUGUGAAUAUGAUAUCGUUGAGAUCCAAAAGGCAAGUGACACGCAGAUGGAAGUCUUAUUCUUGGAGCGUGUGGAUGGUUUCACAUCAGUUUUCCGGCCUCAAGUAAGAGGAGCAUCAGCUAUGACUAUGGAUAUCCCCAUGAUUGAACUGCUUAGGUUCUCCCAUCAAAUUCCCGUUUUCCGGCUGACUGAUGAAAGAGAUGGCAGCCUGAGAGGCUUCUGGGAACUUGAUCCUGCUGCACUUCCGGUGCAAUACUUACUGUCUUAAAUAUUGAAGCGGCAACUAAUGACAAUGCUUAGGUCCAUCUACAGUGCUGCUUGAGCUAACAAUAACCCCCAGAAUGAUAUUUGAUUUUGGGUGAAAUUGGCCAACUGCUGUAUACUUGGAUGUUAGCUCAUGCAUGAAAUGGCUGGACUAGAUGGAAGUUUCUGCUUUCGUGGUUUUCUUUGGCACCAAUGAAGUGCUUCUGGGAGAAUGUUGUGGUCCAAAUUACUGACAGGCCGGUAUCUAUGUUAACCAUAAAAAAUUGAAUUUCUUUACUUCUGGAAGUUAUUUUAUAUGGAUUUUAUAUACAGACUUACUGAAUCUGUAGAUCCUUUAAUCAGGCUUUUUAUUUUGAUUGAAGAAAUCUCAUAUUAGCUGAAGCAUAUCCACAUGCUUCAUUUCGUAGUUGUUAAUUAAAAACAUUUUUUGUCAGUCCAAGGAUUUUUAAGUUGCCAUCAUCUGUGGAACAGCAAAUGCAUAUAAAGAUUGGUCUCUCUGAA